AGGGACAGCCCAGAGGAGGCGUGGCCACGCUGCCGGCGGAAGUGGAGACCUCCGCGAGCCCGCGGGGCCGCCGGGCAUGCCGGAAAAACGGACAAUGGGGAUGGGGCCGGGCCGGCGAUGGGGACGCAGUAGCAUUGCGCGGAGCUGCACCCGCGCCCGCCUAGACAACGGGGAUGGGGGGGGGCCUCGGCAGCAGGGACCGCAGGCCGCCAGCAGGCCGGCCUCCAGCGCAGGUGCCCGAGGGGCGGGGCUGGCCUGGGAUGCGCGCGCACCUGCCCUCGCCCCGCCCGCACGAGGGGUGGCAGCCGAGGCCCCGCCCCGCGCGCCUGGCCUGAGGCGGGUCGGCUCAGCCUAGGCGCCCGCCCUCGCCCCACUGAUUAAUUGGGCCGGCGGGGCUCAGCCCCCGGAAACGGCCGUGUACUUCGGGGCUGCGAGCGCGGAGGGCGGCGGCGACUAAACUCAGACAGCGUUAUGGCAGAGCAGGUGGCACUUAGCCGGACCCAGGUGUGCGGGAUCCUGCGGGAAGAGCUGUUCCAGGGCGAUGCCUUCCAUCAGUCGGAUACACACAUAUUCAUCAUCAUGGGUGCAUCGGGUGACCUGGCCAAGAAGAAGAUCUACCCCACCAUCUGGUGGCUGUUCCGGGAUGGACUUCUCCCCGAAAACACCUUCAUCGUGGGCUAUGCCCGCUCCCGCCUCACAGUGGCUGACAUCCGCAAGCAGAGUGAGCCCUUCUUCAAGGCCACCCCAGAGGAGAAGCUCAAGUUAGAAGACUUCUUCGCCCGCAACUCUUAUGUGUCCGGCCAGUAUGAUGAUGCAGCCUCCUACCAGCGCCUCAGUAGCCACAUGAAUGCCCUCCACCAGGGGUCACAGGCCAACCGCCUCUUCUACCUGGCCUUGCCCCCAACUGUCUACGAGGCUGUCACCAAGAACAUCCACGAAUUCUGCAUGAGCCAGACAGGCUGGAACCGCAUCAUCGUGGAGAAGCCUUUCGGGAGGGACCUGCAGAGCUCCGACCGCCUGUCCAACCACAUCUCCUCCCUGUUCCGCGAGGACCAGAUCUAUCGCAUCGACCACUACCUGGGCAAGGAGAUGGUGCAGAACCUCAUGGUGCUGAGAUUUGCCAACAGGAUCUUCGGCCCCAUCUGGAAUCGGGACAACAUCGCCUGUGUGAUCCUCACCUUCAAGGAGCCGUUCGGCACUGAGGGCCGUGGGGGCUAUUUCGAUGAAUUUGGGAUCAUCCGGGACGUGAUGCAGAACCACCUCCUGCAGAUGCUGUGUCUGGUGGCCAUGGAGAAGCCCGCCUCUACCAACUCUGAUGACGUCCGUGAUGAGAAGGUCAAGGUGUUGAAAUGUAUCUCGGAGGUACAGGCCGGCAAUGUGGUCCUGGGCCAGUACGUGGGGAACCCUGAUGGAGAGGGCGAGGCCACCAAAGGCUACCUAGACGACCCCACGGUGCCCCGUGGGUCCACCACUGCCACCUUUGCAGCUGUCGUGCUCUAUGUGGAGAACGAAAGGUGGGAUGGGGUGCCCUUCAUCCUGCGCUGCGGCAAGGCCCUGAACGAGCGCAAGGCCGAGGUGAGGCUGCAGUUCCACGAUGUGGCAGGUGACAUCUUCCACCAGCAGUGCAAGCGCAACGAGCUGGUGAUCCGCGUGCAGCCCAAUGAGGCCGUGUACACCAAGAUGAUGACCAAGAAGCCGGGCAUGUUCUUCAACCCCGAGGAGUCGGAGCUGGACCUGACCUACGGCAACAGAUACAAGAACGUGAAGCUCCCUGAUGCCUAUGAGCGCCUCAUACUGGACGUCUUCUGCGGGAGCCAGAUGCACUUUGUGCGCAGUGAUGAGCUCCGGGAGGCCUGGCGGAUCUUCACCCCACUGCUGCACCAGAUCGAGCUGGAGAAGCCCCAGCCCAUCCCCUACCUUUAUGGCAGCCGAGGCCCCACGGAGGCAGACGAGCUGAUGAAGAAAGUGGGUUUCCAGUAUGAGGGCACCUACAAGUGGGUGAACCCCCACAAACUCUGAGCCCUGGGCGCCCCCUCCACCCCUGCCACGGCCACCCUCCUUCCCGCCGCCCGACCCCAAGUUGGGAGGCCUCUGGGACCACUGGCCUUAGCUGCACAUUCCCGGCCCCGGGCUUGGGCCACCCUGGCCUGCCCUCGCUGCUGCCAUACCCGAGCCCAGCUACAUUCCUCAGCAGCCAAGCACUUGAGACUCGUGCUGUGACCAUGCCUGAGCCGGCCUCCUCCCCUCACUCCAGCCCGGCGGAAGGAAGGAAGGAAGGAGGAGGGCCUUCUCGGCCACUGAGGCUCACUCCUGAGUGGGGUCUGGAGGGGGAGGAAAGGGGCAAGUGCCCACGCAAGAGAACCUGCCUGUGGCCUUGCCCACCAGCCUCAGUGCCACUUGACAUUCCUCAUCACCAGCAACAUCUCAAGCCCCCUGUAUGUCCCCUGUCCCACCAACUGCACUCCGUGGCCACCGUGUACCACCUGUAGGCGGCCUCCCUGCUACAAGAAAAGCAGAAGUAGCAGCUGGGACCCCCCUGCCAUUAAAUCCGCAAACAGCCC